UGGCUGACCCUUCUUGUUUUCCAGCUUUCAUCAUCAUGAUCGUGCUGGCACUGGUUCGCAUCGGGCACGGGCAAGGGGAGGGUCACCCGCCCCUGGCCGACCUCUCAGGGGUCCGGAACCUGUUUGGGGUGUGCGUCUACUCCUUCAUGUGCCAGCACUCCCUGCCGUCCCUCGUCACCCCCGUCUCCUCCAAGCGCCACCUCACACGGCUGGUGUUUCUGGACUACGUACUGAUCCUGGCCUUCUACAGCCUCCUCUCCUUCACUGCCAUUUUCUGCUUCCGUGGCGACAGCCUCAUGGACAUGUAUACCCUCAACUUCGCGCGCUGCGACAUCGUGGGCCUGGCUGCUGUCCGCUUCUUCCUGGGCCUCUUCCCUGUCUUUACCAUCAGCACCAACUUCCCCAUCAUUGCCGUGACCCUGCGCAACAACUGGAAGACACUCUUCCACCGCGAGGGUGGCACGUACCCGUGGGUGGUGGACCGCGUCGUGUUUCCCACCAUCACCCUGGUGCCCCCCGUGCUGGUGGCCUUUUGCACCCACGACCUGGAGUCCCUGGUGGGCAUCACAGGAGCCUAUGCCGGCACCGGCAUCCAGUACGUCAUCCCUGCCUUCCUGGUGUUCCACUGCCGCAAGGACACCCAACUGGCCUUUGGCUACGGAACCGUCAACAAGCACCAGUCCCCGUUCCGCCACACCUUCUGGGUGGGCUUCGUGCUGCUCUGGGCUUUCUCAUGCUUCAUCUUUGUCACGGCCAACAUUGUCCUCAGCGAGACCAAGCUCUGAUGGCAGCCACCUCCCCACCUGCAGAGCCAAGAUUCAGUUGCCUCCCUGGUCCUCACGGGGCAGGUGAGGCAGGGCUCUCAGAGGGGACCCUCUGUGUCUCCAGCUGCGGGUCUUGUCCCCGCCCAAGACUCCACCCAGUCUGCACCUGGCCUCACUCACCAGGGCAGCGCUCCUCCCAGGUCCUCCUGCCUGGGGUGGCGUGCGGCUGCUCCCAGAUUCCAGGACUCGUUACCAGAAUCACCCCCUCUGUUUUACAACAUGCUCCAAUCCCCCCACCACCACCACCCCACGGCCAGAGCAGGCCCGUUCCUCUGUGUGGUGGGAGACGCGGUGCUGGCACUGCUGCUAUUUAUACUAGAGCCUUUGUCCCCUCGUCCUGCCUCCCCGGCCCCUCCUGCGUCCUUGCCUGGGAAAUGCUCCACUAGCAGCUGCUGCCUCAUCAGAGGUGAAUCCCAGGCCCUAACCAUCCUAACCCAGCUGCCUGUGAGGGCAGGGCCCACCUUCCGCACCAGGCCUGGGAGUCGCUAAGUGCCACUCCUAGGGGAGGACCUGGAGAACGGGAAGUGCUAAUUGGCACCAGGGCCCUGGACCAGAGCUGUGAUGGCCCUUGCUGUGGGCGCCAGCUCUGGAGCAGCAGGCUGGAUGCCAUGUCCCUUCCACAUGGGGACACAGCAGCCUGUAAGCUGGGCUUAAAGCCCGGAGCUUGUCAUCUCCAAGAGGCACCCUCUGCUACCCUGGCUGCCCCGCCAGGGCUCCCAGGGCCUCCUGCAGUGUUGAGGAAAGCUGCACCCACCUGCCACCCUCAGUGGCUUGGGAGCGCCCUGGGCAUGUGGCAGUGCGAGAGACCCGUGGUUCCCACCCUCCAGGAGGCCAGGCCUGCAGGGCAGCAGCCUGGCUCGGCCACCCUGCUCCUGCUCCAACACUAAAAGCAGCUCCCGUUAGAACUGGGCCGUGGGUGCUCAGUGUUCACGCUCUCCAUGUCCCUUGGAUGACACGGGGUUGGAUGGGGCACUGCUGCCAUUCCCGUGGAAGAAGACCAGGUUCCCAGCCAUCUCCCACUCAAUCAUGCAUGCGCCUGCGGGGCCGGCCUCUGUGGGCACACAGGUGACUUACUGAACUCUUCAUUUCAAUGUGCCUUCUCCUGCUUCAGGACCUGGGGGUCCUUCCUCACACUCCCUGGCUUGCCCCCAGCCCUGGGUCUGGUACCACAGUCCCAGAGCCCAGAGCAGCUUGCCUCGGAGCUGCCUCUGGCAGGGGUCUCAGGCCCCUGCCCCUCUGUCUUUUGAUUUCAGUGCCUUGCUCGGCCCUCGUGAGGGAAUCUUUGUAGCCUCCUUCCCCCUGUGUCUCACCUUCUUCAGGCCUUGGACAAAGCAACGGUGCCGGGUCUCCUGUGGCCCAAGGUGAUC